AUGUUAAAAGAAUUCCCGCCUCAUCCGAUCGCCCUGCACCUCGCCUCCGGGUCGUCCCGAGGCCUGGUGUCGGACUCGCGGCUGGGCAGUCAGGGGGGGAACUUUAAAGGAUGUGUAAAACAGAUAGAUCACUUUCCUGAGGACACGGACUAUGAAGCAGACCCCUCUGAGUACUUCUUACGUGCGGUGCGAGCUUCCAGCAUCUUCCCCAUCCUCAGUGUCAUCCUGCUCUUCAUGGGAGGCCUGUGUAUAGCUGCCAGCGAGUUCUACAAGUCACGCCACAACAUCAUCCUCAGUGCAGGGAUCUUCUUUGUGUCUGCAGGCCUGAGUAACAUCAUCGGGAUCAUCGUGUACAUAUCAGCCAACGCAGGGGACCCCUCUAAGAGCGACUCGAAGAAGAACAGCUACUCCUACGGCUGGUCCUUCUACUUCGGAGCCCUGUCCUUCAUAAUGGCCGAGAUGGUGGGCGUCCUGGCAGCCCACAUGUUCAUCGACCGCCAUCGGCAGCUCCGGGCAGGGGCCAGGGCUGCCGGCUACCUCCAGGCCUCGGCCAUCACACGCAUCCCAUCCUACCGUUACCGCUACCGGCGCCGCUCGCGCUCCUCCUCCCGGUCCACAGACCCCUCGCACUCCCGCGACACCUCGCCUGUGGGCCUCAAGGCCUUCAGCGCGCUGCCCUCUACAGAGAUCUCCAUGUACACGCUGCCCCGGGACACCCUGAAGGCCGGGGGCACGCCGACCGCCACCUACAACUCGGAGAGGGACCAUACCUUCCUGCAGGUCCACAACUGUAUUCAGAAGGAAAAAGACUCAGCCACCACCAACACAGCCAACCGCCGCACCACACCCGUAUGAGGGAGCCCUGAGAGCAGAGCCAGGGGGAGCGGAGACAGGGAGGCCCCCACGCAGGUCUCUAAUAUACCAUAGGCCAGGAUGAGUUUCCAUGUUUAUAGAGAUUGAUGAUUUUAUUUCAUUCAACUGCAUGAUUUUCCCAUCUACCAUUGUUGAGAGAGUCUAAAGGGGUUUGUUGACUUCCUUUGGAGUAAAUGGUWGUACUGGGAGAAUGGGGCAGAUUGUCCUUAGAGACUGAGUCAUUUUUAUGGGUGGGGAUGGGUGAUGAGGGUGGGACACUGAAAGGGAGGGUUAUGAUUUAAAUUYGAUUCRUGAUUUCAUAACCUUUUGGUUUYGACAGUUUGACUCCACAGUUUUGGUGGUGCAACAAGCUGCUGUACUUUCCCAUCAUACCACCUGCCAUAUGCCUCUGAUUUGUUGUCAUAUUUAUUCAUUUAUUUAUUUUCUGCAUUAAAACUGUGAAUUUUU